AAGUUGCCCCAGGUUGCAGACUUUGAUAUCUCACCAGUUAUCCUUCCAGAGCGUGAUCUUGCAAAGUCUCGCGAUAAUCGGCGUGGGUUCCUAGAAUCCCGAACUGCUUCUGGUGGAAGUUGCUUUCUACAAUCACAAGCAAGGUGCUGGUCAAACCCUGACUCUAACAUCAUGGUUAGCGGGAAGGUCCAGACUGUUCUAGGUCCGAUGGAUCCAGAGCAGCUGGGGCGCACCAUGACCCAUGAACAUCUGACCAUGAGUUUUGAGUGUUGCUACUGCCCCCCUGCAGCUGGAGCUGACCCAGAGCCAGAAAACCCCUUCCAGAUGCAGCACAUGCACUGGCUGAGGCAAAACCCCUACAGCUGUCGGGAAAACCUGUAUCUGCAGCAGGAGACCGGCGCGGUGCGCGACGAGCUGCUGGCCUACAGGAAGGCCGGAGGAGGAACCAUAGUGGAGAACACAACCACAGGCAUCGACCGGGACCUGCCCACCCUCAAACAGCUGGCAAAGGACACCGGGGUUCACAUCAUCGCAGGAGCUGGGUUUUAUGUGGACGCUACCCACUCUGAGGCUACCAGAAAAAUGAGCGUGGAGAAGCUCACAGAUGUCAUUGUCAGCGAGGUGCUUCACGGUGCCGAUGGAACAGACAUCCGCUGUGGCGUGAUUGGAGAGAUUGGCACCAGUUGGCCUAUCACAGACAGCGAGACCAAGGUGCUGAGGGCCACGGCUCACGCUCAGGCUCAGCUGGGCUGCCCGGUCAUCAUCCAUCCCGGCAGGAGUCCUGCCGCUCCAGCUGAAAUCCUCCGGAUUCUCCAGGAGGCCGGAGGGGACAUCAGCAAAACCGUCAUGUCUCACCUUGACAGGACAAUAUUUGAUGAAGCUGAGCUGCUGGAGUUUGCAAAGCUGGGGAGUUACCUGGAGUACGAUCUGUUUGGAACGGAGAUGCUGAACUACCCGUUUCACCUGGAAGUGGACAUGCCCAGUGACAGCCAGAGAGUGAAGGCAUUGGCCUUCCUGGUGAAGGAGGGCUUCGAGGACAGGCUCGUGAUCUCACACGACAUCCACACUAAGAACCGUCUGGCCAAGUUUGGCGGCCACGGCUACUCCCACAUCCUGAGGAACAUAGUUCCCAAGAUGCUGACGAGGGGCAUCACACAGCAGCAGGUGGACAAGAUCCUGAUGGACAACCCCAAACACUGGCUGACCUUUAAAUAAAUAAAAGAAGAGACGAGAGGAAGAGGAAGGCA